AUGACAGGUACGUCCAUCCCGCGAUGUAGAGGGCAGAGUCGAGAGGACAGAAUCGAGAGGGCGGAGUCGAGAGGGCAGAGUCGAGAGGGCGGAGUCGAGAGGGCAGAGUCGAGAGGGCGGAGUCGAGAGGAAAGAGCCGAGAGGGCAGAGUCGAGAGGACAGAGUCGAGAGGGCGGAGUCGAGAGGGCAGAGUCGAGAGGGCGGAGUCGAGAGGGCGGACUCUCUCUCUCUCUCUCUCUCUCUCUCUCUCCUUCUCAAACUAUCGGCAUCAAUUUUAUUUGCAUUAUUUCGUUGUUUAUUUCAUUCUCUUUCAAUUAUUCUAUUUAUUCCAUAUUUAAGUCACCCUCAAACAUUCCUUAUUCCAUUCUCUUUCAAGCAAUUUUAUUCAUUCCUUAUUUCUUUCUCUUUCAAACACUUUAUUUUAUUCUCUUUCAAUCGUUCUAUUUCAUUCUUUGUUUCAUUAUCUUGCAAUCACUUUCUUUAUUCCUCCAUUCUUUCUCUUUCAAACACUUUAUUUUAUUCUCUUUCAACCGCUCUCUUUCAUUCUCUUUCAGUCAUUUUAAUCCAUUCUUUGUCAAUCACUUAAUUUCAUUUAUUAUCUAUUUUUCUUUGAAUCACUUUAUUUCAUAUUUUAUCUCAAUUUUCAUUAUUUUUCAAUCACUUUCUUUCAUUCUCUUUCAGUCGCUCUAUUUCUUCCUUAUUUCAAUCAAGUUUCUAAUCUGUUCAUCUUUUUCAUUUUCAAUCUUUUCAUUUCAUUCUUUAUUUGCGUUCUCUUUCAAAUAUUUUCUUUAUAUAGCUUUAUUUCAUUCUCUUUCGCUCGCUGUAUUAUUCAUUAUUUCAUUCACUUUUAAUCCCUUUAUCACAUUCUCUUUCAAUAUUUCUUUUCAUUCUCUUUCAAUCAAUUUAUUUCAUUCUUUUUCACUCGAAAUGAGACAUUUAAGAGAAAUAUAUAUUCGACCCUUACUCUCUCUUCUGCUGAAUUCUCGUCUUUCUCUCUUUCCCUUUAACGCGCCAUGUUUUUAUCCGUUUUAA